UUUGACGCAAAGUAAAACAAGGGAAAGUUGUUUUUUAACGAUCCUGGAAUAGUCAAGUUGAAACUUGUGUUUGUGAGAUAAUUUUACAUUUCCAAGCAAAUAAAUAAUAUAAUUCGAGUGACGUAUUUCACAAUUGACAGAAUAUAGUGGUACGAGACGAUAGUCAAAUUAUAAAGUUUUGGAGCAAAACAAAGGACAUGAGAAUUAUUAUAUAUAGUUAAAUGUUUCGGUGAUAGUGUAGUUUUAUAAGUAAGUGCUUUUGAAGAGUCAUAAUGUCCGCUACAGCAUCAGCAGUUACUGCCACUAUUGAAGAAGAUGCCGACGAAUGCGGACCACAACUAAUCAACAAACUAGAGGGUAAUGGCAUAACAUCUGGCGAUAUUAAAAAGCUGGAAGAAGCUGGUUAUCACACAGUUGAGUCAAUAGCCUAUGCUCCUAAGAAAUGGCUGAUCACAAUAAAAGGCAUAUCAGAAGCUAAAGCUGACAAGAUACUGGCCGAGGCAUCUAAGCUAGUGCCCAUGGGGUUCACCACUGCCACAGAGUUUCAUCAAAAAAGAUCUGAAAUAAUUCAACUGACAACAGGAGCUAAGGAGCUUGAUAGAUUACUAGGUGGUGGUAUCGAAACGGGCUCAAUCACAGAAAUAUUUGGCGAGUUCAGAACUGGGAAGACUCAAAUAUGUCAUACUUUAGCUGUAACAUGUCAGCUGCCCAUAGAACAGUCAGGAGGGGAAGGUAAAUGCAUGUAUAUAGACACAGAAGGGACUUUCCGACCAGAGCGCUUAUUGGCUGUGGCGCAGCGUUACGGCAUGGACGGAGCGGCAGUAUUAGACAAUGUGGCGUAUGCUCGCGCUUACAAUACUGACCACCAAACUCAGCUGCUGGUACAGGCGUGUGCUAUGAUGGCGGAGUCCAGAUAUUCCUUAAUAAUCGUGGACAGUGCAACAGCUCUAUACAGAACCGAUUAUUCAGGCCGUGGUGAGCUCAACUCGAGACAACUGCAUCUUGGUCGAUUUAUGAGAAUGCUGCUCAGGUUAGCCGAUGAGUUUGGCGUAGCAGUAGUAAUUACAAACCAAGUGGUAGCACAAGUGGAUUCCGUGGGAGUUUUCAACGCUGACACGAAGAAGCCGAUAGGUGGUCACAUAAUUGCGCACGCGUCGACGACACGCCUCUAUCUGCGGAAGGGGCGGGGCGACAACCGAGUGUGCAAGAUAUACGAUAGUCCUUGUUUACCAGAAACAGAAGCCAUGUUUGCUAUCAGUACUGAAGGGAUUACUGAUGCUAAAGAAUAGAAAUAAAGAUUUUACUAAGUAUUUUUUUCUGAGCCCUAUUUAUUAAGACAUAAUGCGCUAUCGUACAGAUGUCUUGUAACUGUAAAACACGGUUCUAAUCAUCUCCCACCUAAAUUAUAUGGGAGACCUGCAAUAUAUUUAAAAAAAUCAUUUCGUUUGGUCUGUCUUCUGGUAUAAUCUCAAUAUUUCUCUCAUUGGAUUCAUGUUAUUUGAUAACUGUUUAAUAUGCCAUAAGAAAUUUAGGCGUAAUAAGUUAAAUAAAACUUGGAAAUAGGAUAUUUUACAAUGUUCAUUUUUCAAAAUUUCUCAGUACAUUUUAUCCACUGUUAUUUAUUUUAUAUUCCUACUUUUAGUGUCAUGUGACUUGAUAAUAAUAUUUUGGUGCCUUAUUAACUAAGAAAUUAACACACUGACUCAUUGUAAAAAAAACGAUCACAUUUAUGAAUUCAAUAAAACCAAAUUUAUAUAAUAAA